AUGCGAGUUCUUAUUGAUCCAGACUCCCAGGUAUCAUUUAUAACUGAAGGAGCCGCAAAUACCUUAGGAAUGCUCAAGCGAAGGCAUCAUGCGAACAUAACAGGGUUAGGAUCUUGCGACGCAGGGACUUCAAAAUGGAAAAUCCACACCGUGAUGAAACCAAGAUUUUCAAGCGACUUCAAAAUACAAGCCGAGCUAUACAUCCUACCAAAAUUGACCAGCUCCAUGCCUCAACAACCGAUAACUGCUGACGAAAAUUGGAACAACGUAAUCCUUGCCGACCUCACUUACUACAAACCCGGAAAAAUCGACAUUCUCCUAGGAAUCGACUUAUACACGGAAAACGUACAGGAUGGUGUUAAAAAAUCUAAAAAUGGUCUGCUUGCACAAAACACUGAGUUAGGAUGGAUUCUCUCCGGUAGCACAUCAGCUGGUCCGCAACUCCAAAUAACCAGUAUGAUCGCCACCACUGCACCGCAAAUACAGAUAACAAAAUUCUGGGAAAUAGAAGAAGCGGAUACCUUCACAAACAACAACAGCCAGGAAAGCCCCUGCCAAGAAUUCUUCAAGAAAACUUACACAAGGUAUCAGGAUGGCACAUAUACUGUACGACUGCCAUUCAAGGAGAAGGAACAAUUGCUAGGACAAUCAAGAAAAACCGCCAUCGCUCGACUUUUGCAGAUAGAGAAGAAGUUCGAGAAGGACGAGAAAUUGGAAGCAAUGUACAAAGAAUUCAUGUGGGAAUAUAUCGAACUAAAACACUUGACUCCAGCAAAUCAGACGACCAGCACAAGAUACUACAUUCCGCAUCAAGCAGUAAUAAAAGAGGACAGAGAAACAACAAAACUGCGUGUCGUAUUCGACGCGAGCCAGAAAACCAGUACCGGAAUCAGUUUAAAUGAUAUAUUACACUCUGGUCCCCAGCUUCAACAAGACUUGAUUGAUAUAUUAUUGAGAUGGCGAAAAUACGAAAUCGCGUUGACUGCAGAUGUGGAAAAAAUGUACAGGCAGGUCAAACUACAUGAAGAUGAUCAAACAUUCCACUCUUUUUUAUGGAGGUUCAACAAAAAUGACCCAAUCCAGGAAUAUCAACCCAUGACAAUCACCUACGGAACCGCUCCCGCUGCCUACCUUGCUAUAAGGACCAUGCACCAAUUAGCCAUGGAUGAAUGCGACAAAUUCCCGAGAGCUGCGGAAAUGAUACUUGAAGCUUUCUACGUCGAUGAUUUUCUCUCCGGCGCCUACAAUAAAGAAGAGGCACAAAAAAUCAGACAAGAAGUUGAAACGCUACUUCUCAAGGGAGGAUUCAACAUUCUAAAAUGGAAAAGCAAUCUCACAUUAAAUGAUGAUACGUCCUUUCAAGAUUUCAACAGCAGAGAGGACAUAACCAAAAUUCUGGGAAUUAAAUGGUCACCACAAAAUGAAAUUGCUUCAAUAUUCGAUCCAUUAGGUCUCAUGGCUCCAAUUUAUAAUCCAGAGCAGCCCAUUGAACUACACGGAUUCUGUGAUGCAUCGCAAAGAGCCUAUGAAGCAGCAAUAUACACCAAAGCAGUCGUGAAGGACAAAACCCAGACAACAUUGCUAGUAGCCAAAACAAAAGUUGCACCUGUAAAAAACAAAUUCACUAUCCCGCAAUUGGAACUUUGUGCCGCAACAUUAUUGGCGAAACUGAUGAAACGAACAAUUACAGCCCUGAAGAUCGCCGACAUAAAUAUUUACACACGGUCAGACUCAAAAGUUGUGUAA